AUGACGAAUAAGUUGGCACUUGAAGCCUUUGAUAGAACUUUCUGUGAUUUAAUGAGUUCGAAUGUGCCUUCGGCUCAUGAUAUUCCCUUUGAUGGGAAAGUUAUUGUGUUUGGUGGUGAUUUUAGACAAGUGUUACCAGUUAUUCCUAAAGGAACUUGUGCUGAAAUAGAUAUUGUUUCAGCUAUAUAUUCGGAUAUUGAUGAUAACCAUGGUAAUGCUUUGUAUUUUCAAGAACGUGCUAUACUUGCUCCUACUGUUGAUAUUGUGCAACAGAUAAAUGAUUUUGUUGUUGAUACUCUUUCUGGGUUAGAAAAGAUUACAUGUUCAAGGAUACCAAAACAUGUUCUUAAAUUGAAGAAAGGUGCUCCUAUUAUUUUGCUAAAGAACAUAGAUCAGGCAAAUGAAUUAUGUAAUGGAAUUCGACUCAUUGUUCAAGAUCUUGGAGAUAAUAUUAUUGGUACUGAAAUUGUGUCUGGAAGUAACAUUGGUGACAAAGUUUUUAUUCCUCGGAAGAAUUCAGUACCCAGUGAUCCUGGUCUAACAUUGUUGACAAUAGAUUUGAAUUAG